AUGAGCUUCGUGCCCAUUAACCCGCGGCCUAUGCUGCAAGACCUGUACGUCCUCUCCCGGCGGGAACGGGACCUCGCACCGCGCAUCCCAGCCCCCCCUAUCGCGAACGACAAUGAGCAAUCCGCUAACAUCUCUUCCUCUCUCUGCAGUGUCAACCAGGAUGUCGUUAUCAGACUCAAGUGGGGCGAGACCGAGUACAAGGGCAAGUUGGUCAGCAUCGACAGCUACAUGAACGUCCAGCUCAGCGGCGCCGAGGAGUACAUUGACCAGAAGAUGACGGGAGCUCUCGGCCAAGUUCUGAUCCGGUGUAACAACGUCCUCUGGAUCCGCGGCGCGAAACAAGGCGAGAACGGCGACGUGAGGAUGGACGGUUGA